CUUUGACGCAUAUGUCGAGGAGUGCGUAAUGUUUUGUUUUGGAAUCCCAAGGCUUUUCAUCCAGCUGUCUGUGUAGGUGGUUGAUUGCCAGAGAUUGUUAACAAAAUUUCAUAGUUAUCAGUACAAUAAAUUAACAGUCCUGGUUUGCACUCACCACUUUGCAAAUGGCUGAGACAGAGGUAUUAAAUCAGCCACAAGGAGCUGCAUUGCAAUUAGACCAAGGGGGUGCCGCCCAAGCAGCUGCCCCGGAAGAUGCAGGACUCACCUCUGAGGAACAGAUGGAGGAGGAGAAGUUUGCUAUUCUCAGCAAUAAGACGGUGCUGGUCAGUCCCAGCACGGAGCAGUUCGACCUGCUGCGCUCCCGGCUGGCGGCCCGCGUCGAGGAGGGACAGGGAGAGACCAUCUACGAGGUCGGCGUGGCAGAAGGUGGCGGUGAGGCGGGCCUGCCGCCGGACGAGUAUGCCGCCUCGGUGGCCACCCUGCAGAGUUUGGCGGCCACUCUGGACGCCGACUGUGUGCUGCUCAGGGAGAAAAAGGUGGAAGAGGGCGUCACCGGACAGUACCUGAUAAGGAAGCGGGCCGACGAGCAGGACUUUAUGGAGGUCAGGGUGGCCGUGGUGGGGAACGUGGACGCCGGCAAGUCGACUCUGCUCGGCGUGCUCACCCACGGCGAGCUGGACAACGGGCGCGGCCUGGCCCGGCAGCGGCUCUUCCGGCACAAACACGAGAUGGAGUCGGGACGCACAUCCAGCGUCGGCAACGACAUCCUGGGGUUCGACAGUCAGGGCCGCGUGGUGAACCGCCCCGAGCACGGCUCGCUGGACUGGGUGCGCAUCUGCCGACAGUCGUCCAAGGUCAUCACCUUCAUUGACCUGGCCGGACACGAAAAGUACCUGAAAACCACCGUCUUCGGUAUGACGGGCCACGCGCCCGACUUUGGUAUGCUGAUGGUGGGCGGCAACAUGGGCAUUGUGGGUAUGACCAAGGAGCACCUGGGCCUGGCGCUGGCGCUCAGUGUCCCCGUCUUCGUGGUCAUCACAAAGGCCGACAUGGCGCCCGUUCAGGUGCUGCAGGAGACGCUGAAGCUCCUGGUGAAGAUUCUCAAGUCGCCCGGCGUGCGGAAGGUCCCCGUCAUCGUACGAACCGAGGACGACGUCGUCAUGUCGGCCACCAACUUCGUCUCCGAACGGUUAUGUCCCAUAUUCCAGGUGUCGAACGUCACCGGCCAGAACCUCGAGCUGCUGAAGAUGUUUAUGAACCUGCUGACGACGCGUCCGGCCGGGCGACGCUCGGACCCCGCAGAGUUCCAGAUCGACGACACAUACUCGGUGCCGGGUGUGGGUACGGUGGUGUCGGGCACCACACUGCGCGGCACCAUCCGUCUCAACGACACGCUCCUGCUGGGGCCCGACCCGGUGGGCAACUUCGCGCCCAUCUCCGUCCGCUCCAUACACCGCAAACGGCUGCCGGUCAGCGAGGUGCGCGGCGGUCAGACGGCCAGCUUCGCCCUGAAAAAGGUGAAGCGCUCCCAGAUCCGGAAGGGCAUGGUGAUGGUUUCGGCCGAGCUGCGACCCCAGGCCUGCUGGGAGUUCGAGGGCGAGAUUCUGGUACUGCACCACCCCACCACCAUAUCGGCCCGCUACCAGGCCAUGGUCCACGUGGGCAGCGUGCGUCAGACAGCCUCCAUCGUGCGGAUGUCACAGGACAACCUGCGCACCGGCGACAAGGCCAGCGUCCACUUCCGCUUCAUCAAACACCCCGAGUACCUGAAGCCGGGCCAGCGCAUGGUGUUCCGGGAAGGCAGGACCAAGGCCGUCGGCAAUGUCACCAAAAUGGUACCCAAGGCGCCGGCCGGCCAGCAGCAGAAGCAAAAGUCCCAGAAGGCCCAGCAGUACCACCACCAUCAGCAGCAGCAGCAGCAGCAGCAGCAGCAGCAGCAGCAGCAGCAGCAGCAGCAGCAGGCGGACGGCGCCCCGGCCGGCGGCGGGCCCAGCUCGGCGGUGGAGCCGGACCCCGCCGGCUCCGGCUCCGGCUCCGGCUCCGGCUCCGGCCCCGGCUCCGGCGGAGCGGGGAAGAGGCGAGGGGGACGACGGCAAGGGGCCGCACGGGUGGCCCAGACGCCCGUCGAGGCAGCUGACUGCUAGUGGAGUCCGCGCAGAGGCUACGCGGCGGCCGUGAAGAGGCUACAGCCGGGGCUGUCACGUGGCCCGACCAAAGCACAACGGCGGCGGCGGCGCGUCGUCUGCCCUAACUGCGCUGGCCGGGGCGGGAGUCGGAGGAUACUCUGCCCAGGCCCGGUGGCCCGGUGGGUGUCCGCCAGCAGUGUGUGUGACCGCCGGGACUGCACCGCUGCACCCCUCUCCUGCGGCGGUGGCCGGGGAAGGGGAGCGCCGCCGUUCGGGGCGGGCUGGGCGGCGCGCCCCGGUGGACUGUGGAGUGGUGGGACGCCGGGGGGCCGCCCGGUGUUUGUUUCUGCGAACCGGACUGAGUGCCUCGGCUGGCUCCCGGCGGCCCGCGCCCGCCGGCCGCACUCGGAGGUACAAAAGGUGGGCGCGGCGAGGUCGGCCCUGCGGCCGCCGGCGGUGGCACCGCAGUGUCCGGCUGACUCCCGCGCCCCGCUCUGCAGUCGGGCCCGCAGUGACUCGGCAGUAUGCUGUGUGGCCCGGCAGUUGUACUGUGUGGGGCCCGCAGUGACCCGGCGGUUGUACUGUGUGACCCGGCAGUAUGCUGUGUGACCCGGCAGUUGUACUGUGUGGGGCCCGCAGUGACCCGGCAGUUGUACUGUGUGUGACCCGGCAGUAAACUGUGUGACCCGGCGGUUGUACUGUGUGUGACCCGGCAGUAUACUGUGUGACCCGGCGGUUGUACUGUGUGACCCGGCAGUUGUACUGUGUGGGGCACGCAGUGACCCGGCGGUUGUACGGUGUGAUAACGGCCGCCGGUCGGGGUGCCUGUGCCCGGUGACGGUCGGGAAGCCUGUGUCCGGUGUCGCCUGUGCCUGUGCCCUGUGCCGGGCGGCGGCGGCGCGGUCUGGUAGCGGUGGUGUUGCCCGGCGCGGGCGCGUUUCGGAGUAUUGUGAGGGUCUGUUUUGGUGGUUGGUGUGGGGCGCCGUCCCUGGCUGCUGCACUGAAGUGCCGCCGGCCCGAGUCUGCCUGUCGGCCCGGCAGCCAGCACUGUUUGUAGAGACGAGAUUGUAUUUUCUGCUCGGAGCCCAGGGAUCGAGACGUCUGCUUUUGUGAAGCCAAGAACAAUAGACGUUUUAGAAUAUGAUCAUUCUUAUUUUAAAGCCUUCGACAGUAACCUGUAUCUAAGGUAAAUUUUUAGCAGAAAUUAUUUGACUAUGAUUGUUUAUAUUUCACGGCCUUGAACAGUGAGUUUUGUUUUAGGUAAAUCUAGAGACAUGUGUUGUUAAUUACUUGUUCCAAGUAAAUAGCAUAUCUUUGACAGCUGCAAUGCACACGUUAAAUUGUUUUAAGCAUAUUGGUCUCAAUUUGACAGUACCAUGUAUUCAAUCUGUUAAGUUUUAGAGCUGCUUCAUUUUGCCGCAAUAAACAGAACGCAUUAAG